GCCACUCCCAUGUCUUUCCAGCAUCAGCAUCUCCAAAAGCAAAUAACCCACCGAGGCGAACCGCACCGAGCAGAUGAUGCUUUAGGGUAGAUAUUGUCACAAUGCGUUUAUCAUUCAUGCAUCUGUCAGAAUGGAAGAAGGCCGCUUUAAAAUAGCCUGCAUCGUCUCUCCAUCACAAACCUCCCCGGCUCGUUUGAUGGAGAUCCUUUUCAUUUAGGUCAAAGCGAUGCAGAGGUUUAUCUUUUGAGGACCCCGCACGGAUGUAGCGCCAGGCGAACAAAAGGCGUCCACCCCUCCCCAACCCACCACCUUCGUCUGGCUGGCGCACCUGGCUUGCCCCCCUGUUGCCUCCUGACAUGACAGCGGCGCGGAGCCGAGUGCAGAGGAAUAAAGGAGCCGGCGGACGCACGGCGGACACUCGGCCGCAGCAGAUCGCAGCUUGUGGGGACGAGCGCCAAGGGCAGUGCGGCAGUCAGCAGGCAGACCUGGGGGAAGAGGAGGCUGCAGUGAUCCGCGGUACUUCCCCCCUUAACCCCUACACCACCUCCACAGCAUCCCCAAUAUAUCCCAGCUGAUUCGAUGGCGGAUGAAUCCUGACUGCUUCCCCACUUUUCUAGCUCUGAUGCGCUUUUAAAAAGCCGAUUUCAGGGGACUGAUGUGCAUGUUAGCCAGGCGUCAUUUGCUCCCUUGGUUUUUGUUCACACUGCUGGUCACCUGCACCAUGGGAUGUAUUCAAAGCAUCGCCUGCAAGCCCCGCAUCAGGCGGGAGAAUAUCGUGGUGUACGAAGUGUCAGCCUCCAUCGACCAGUGCCCCACCGUCAUCGAGGAGAACUCGCCCAUCGUGCUUCGCUACAAGACGCCGUACUUCAGAGCCUCAGCAGGAGUUGUCAUGCCGCCAGUGCCCCGGAAUGAAACUUGGGUGGUGGGCUGGAUCCAAGCAUGCACCCAAAUGGAGUUUUACAACACAUACAGUGACAUUGGCAUGUCCAGUUGGGAGUUGCCGGAGCUGCGAGAGGGUCGGGUCAAGGCCAUCAGCGACUCGGACGGCGUCAGCUAUCCCUGGUACGGAAACACCACCGAAACGGUCACCCUAUCCGGCCCUACCUCGAAACCGUCCCGCCUGACGGUCAACAUGAAUGACAACUUCUACCCAAGCGUGACGUGGGCCGUUCCCAUCAGCAACAGCAACACGCCGAUGCUGACCCACAUCACCAGGGAUCAGAGCUUCAUCACCUGGCUGGUGGCCAUGAACUCCAUCACCAAGGAGCGCAUUGUUCUACAGACGGUGCGGUGGCGGAUGAGGGUGGACAUCGCUGUGGACCCCGACAUGCCUCUGGGCUCACGAGCUUCACUGGUGGGCCGGCCUUAUCAGGAGCAGCCGCACAUCCUCAACUACCAGGAGCCCAUCCCUCCCAACGCCCUGGGUCGGCCGAACGCCAAUGACGCCCAAGUGCUAAUGUGGAGGCCACGGCGAGGGGCGCCACUCGUCGUCAUACCGCCAAAAUAAGAGCCUGGAAUGUUUGCACAGACAAAAACCUUGCCAAAACAAAAGACGAGAUACAGAACAGAUAGACGACCCAGUGGUGGAUAAUCCAAGUGGAUCUCACGCAACAGAAUACAGAGAACUGGCGUUGCAUCAAGUGUUAUUUGGCCAAGAGUUGCAUUUAAGGAGCUUUGCCAGCAUUUUUACAACUCUUUUUAGACGCACCACAGAGGUACCCAACGCCAAACAAGAACUGCAUCCUGCAUCCUUAUGUAGAUCUUAUUGCAUGCAAUGAGCAAAAACCGUCCUUGACAAGGUUAGGAAUCGUAUUUGUUUUGUAUACAUUAAGGACUUUUUGUGAUUGAGAAGUCACAUCAGCCAUAAAAGAUAGCACCAUCAGGCUGAUGAUACCUCUUCAGUGCCAUUAAAGGCCUUCAGCACACUCCUUUCCAGAGUAAAAGAAUGUAUUAAGAUUAAUUUAAAAGACGUGAAGUAUUAUAUUUAUCUUUUUAGGUUAAGAUCACGCAUCGGUCUCAUUGUAACAAGAAUAUCAGGUCAGUCUUCUCGCUGAACGCUUGAGUUUAUAGCACAAUGAAGUCAUAGAGGAAACAUUUUUCAAUUCCAAAUCAAAACUGAUAUUUUUUUUCUUAAUGUACCUGCUAUGUUAUCUUUAGGAUAUGUGCUCUUAUGCUUCCAAAAAGGAAAGGUACAAGAACAAAUGUCACAUUUGGAACCAGGCCUGUUUGAAUCAGGGGUGUCAAACUCAUAAUAGCUUUGGGGCAGUACGGAGGAAAAUCUAUUCCCAAGUGGACGAGACUGGUAAAAUCAUGGCAGCAUGAUAACUUUAAAAUAAAGACAACUUCAUAUUGUUUUCUACUUUGGCCAAAAAUACAACCAGCGCUUUCCGAAAAUGUGCAAAUCAAAUAAUCCUUUUGAAAUUUCAGAGGAAAAAAUUGGUGCAGUUUCGAAAACACGAUGAACUUGGACUUUGUGUCAGUGUAUCAAAGCCAUCAAACUUUAAGUCACAGCCUAUCUGUGAUUGAACAACAUAAAUCAUGAAUACAUAAAAAUUAUUCCAUAUUUAAUACCUCAUUUGUCAUGUCCACGUAUUAACCCUGUGCUAACUCAACAAACCAUACAAACGGAGGUAGAAACUAUUCUGAAACUCAUUUUUGAUAGACAUUUUGGGGCAAUGUGGAUGCCAAAUAAUGAUUUGUUCGAAGCAGAAGACAUAAAACGGCAGAUUUUAAGUUUCAUUUGUGUCGAGGGGAAGUAGCCGUACCUCUUGCUUGGCCCCAUUACAGCCGGGUAACUGUUUUGCACUUAUGUUUGAUUUUUCUCUGUGUGGUAUUCUAGUUCCUGUCCUGUGCCCUUAUUUUUGUAAUCUUCACUCCCUUGUUCCGUGCACAGGCUGGGGCCGUAUUUAUCAAGCGUCUUAGAGUGCCAUUUUAGACUUAAUUCCUGAGAAUUUGCGAAAUGUAGUCCUACUCUCAAACUUAAGAAUAAAAGCUAUUUAUCAACUUUCUUAAGUCUAAGAAUCACUCCUACUCACCACGAUAUUUAAGAGACCUUCAGAGGUCUCCUAAGUGGUUAGGAGUUGCCAGCGGGGGAUGGCACUGAGGCGAGAGAGACGUGCGUGAACGUUCAGGGAGCGGAAGGAUGUCCUGGCUUUGUUUGAUGACGAGCAGCUGAUCAAACGGUAUUGUUUAGACAGAGCGGGUAUUAUUUUUGUCACAGAUUUAAUAAGGGGCGUCAUCUCAUCAGCAACAUCACGCAGCAGAGCUUUCACAGCAGAACUAAAGGUCAUUGCAAUGCUUCGAUAUCUCGCCACUGGGAAAAUGCAACAGUGUAACGCUGAUGAUUUGGGGCCAUCACAACCAUCAGUAAGCAGAAUUGUUAUGGAAACAAUAAUGGCCCUUACUGCUCCUCACCUCGUCAUGCGUUUAAUUGACUUUCCAACUACACAAAUUAGUUGCCUAAUUAAUGAAUUGGAAAGAAAAGGAAACAUUUAUUUUUGAUUAAUUGCCAAUAUUGUUUGUUUGUUUUGUAUUAUUUUGUAGUUUAUUGUCAAAAUAUACACUCCCAUUGUCCACUUAAAUAUUUCUAAGAUAUUUCUUUAUUCUUAGACAAGGGAUUCCCUUCCAUGAUUGGUCAUUUCUAUGGACACAGAAAUGACGUCACCUAAAAUUCAGUUUACGGCACAUAGUAAUGUCGUAAUUCAGCUCUGAGUGUGACACUUAAGAUUCAGUCCUACACUUCACUGAAAGUGUGAGUAAGACGCUUGAUAACUAGCUUUUAAGUGCAGCUUUCAGCAAAGGAUUUCUUUACUCAUAAGUCAACUCUUAGCAGACUUCUUAGGAGUAAUUCUAAGAAGCUUGAUAAAUACGGCCCCUGAUCGGCAACCGGGACACUCCUGCAUCCGGUUGCCAAUCAGUCGCCGCUCCCUCUUCCAGACUAGCGUCGGAUCAUUGCUCUGCUUGUGCUUCCUACGCGUACGCGUAUUGUCCCCUGCUCAGAGUGAGUGUGUAAUUACCACAAAAGAAGUUCCUUGACCUGUGCAAUUACGUUUUGUUUCUCUCCACUUCCAGUUGUGUGUUCUCCCACUCUCUCGUGAGCGCGUUUUCUUUUGUUUGUAUCAAAGAAUAUUAUUUUACUCGCCUCCGAGCUUGUGACAGGCCCCAGUAUAAACCGUUUGCUUGCCUAACAGAAUUGCUAUUGCGACAUCCAGUGGACACAUUUAGAACAGCAGUUUCUUUCAUUAAAACAUUUUAGCUAAUUUUUCUACAUUUUUGUUUUAUUUGACACCCCUGGUUUAAAUAGUUGUGCAAAUGUGAUGCGAAUCAGGCCAUUUUAUCAUUACACACGUUUAGACAAUCAGGGAAUUGGACUAUGUUACUUUCGAGUUCAAACCACGCAGAACAUAUUUUGACAAGGAUGGAUAAUUGCUCACUGCUGUGUUCAGCAGUUUCUGCAGAUAAUCACCAAUGAAAGGCCUUCCUGUAUCAUGGCUCCUGCAACUCCACAAACAAGUCACAUGGCUUAUCUUCCAUCUGUGCUUCUCUCCAGGUCCACGUCUUACCCUCCCAUCUGCCUCUUCUCGGUCCACCUCAGCACACACACACACAAAACACACACACACACACACACACACACACACACACACACACACUACCUCCAUCCCAAACUGCUCAUUUGCCCUGAAGGCCACAACUAUGCAAAGGUUGUCUGAGUAUAAACAGAAGAAAAAAAAUUGUAUUUGGAAAAUACCUGUUUCAAUUGUGUUGUCAUCUUGAGUGUUUGUUGAAUAAAAAUGGCCAAUGCAACCAUGU